AUGUCGUCGCCACCCUCCAAAGGACGGGCUCUCCUCUGCUCUCUCCUGCUCCUGGGCGCGUGGCCGGCGAGUAAUGCGGAAGACGCCUUUUCGGAGCUGAAACUCAAGGAGUAUUUCAGCAGUUCGCCAGCAUCGAAAGCAUCCUUGGUUUAUUUUAGGAGGGAAGCUUCUCAGUCUGUGGAUGUGUUCCUGGAACAGCUGGAGAACUCCGUAGAAGCUCUUCGAGAUUAUGGGAUUUCAGUCUUGAAGGUUAACUGCCUCCGAGAAGAAAGAUCAGGAUACUGUAGAGAGGACAGUUCUGUGGGGAAAGCGUACCUGUUCAAGGGCCAGGUACUGAUUCGAGAGCUCCCGACAGACGCCUUGUUCAGCGUGGACGCCGUCGUGGCAAACGUCCUCUUUGCCCUCCUCUUCAACGAAGUGAAAUACGUCUCCACGCUGGAGGACCUCCAGAACCUGGAAAACGCUCUUCAGGGUCAGUCGGACCUCGUGUUCGCUUACGUCCGGGCUGUUGGGACCGCAGAGCACCGAGUGCUGAUGGAGGCCGCCUUUGUCUAUGGCUCUCUGCACAGGUUCGCCUUGACCACCGAAGUGACGCUUCUGAAGAGCAUCUAUGAUGAAGAGUCGAACGUUCCGGCCUCGAAGCUCUUUUUCUUCCAUUGCCAGAUGGCCGCCGAUCUGGGCCAGCCGUGCCGCAGGACUCCGAUGGAGCAGCCGCUGACCACGCUGAACGUCCACAAGUUCCUGAAGCUGAUGGGGGAGCCCCUUGUGAUGGAGGUCAUGGCAGAUCCGGAGAAGGUUUCGACUGCUCACCUCCAGCUCGGCCUGCCACUGAUCUUCAUUCUCACCCAGAAAGAAACGCUGGAGGCAGACAGGAGGACGGCUGAGUUUGUGGCCUGGAGGUUGCUGGGGAAGGCGGGGGUCAUCCUUCUGUCAAGGGGUGCCGUAGGCCUGGAAUUCCUUCUGCGGUAUAACGUGGCCAUCAAGACAGCAGCCGAGGGUGUGAAGUACUUGGUCUUGAAAGACACGGAUGAGAUCGUCGCACUGGUGGAAGGCGGUAAACAGAGCGGCCCCGUCCCAGAGUACGAGGAGGAGGAGGAAGAGGAAGAGGACGCUGGCGAAAGCUAUGAGCAAGAGAUUCAAGACGAUCAGGUGGUGGAAUCCAUUGUCAGGGACAGGAAGCACGAACUCCCCCUGGGACACAUCCAGACCCUGACCGAAGACUCCUUCAUCCCCGCUCUGGCCGCCUCCGACUGCAUGGUGCUUCUGUUCUACGCCAGCUGGGAAGCCGUCUCUCUGGUCGUGAUGCAGUCUUACGUAGAAGUGGCCGCUCGUUUGGAAGGGACUCCUGGGACUUCGCUGGCACGCGUCAACUGCUGGGACUGGCCCCGGCUCUGCACCCGGCAGAACGUCACUCAGUUUCCCACCAUCAAGUUGUACGAAAAGGGAGGCCGAACGCUGACGUACUCCGGGAUGUGGGGGACGGAGGCGAUGCUGAGCUUCAUCGAGCUGAGCAGGACUCCCAGCCCAGUGAGGCUGACGACCUCGGGAGAAGUGGAAGAAUUUUUGAGUGGCAAACCCCCACCUCUGUCUUCUAGUGUCUCCGUUCUGGGAUUAUUUGACUCCAGCAUGCAUGACGCCCAAGAAGCUUUUGUUGAAGCUGCAGCGGCCCUAGACGGAUAUGUGACGACUGGGAUCUACAGCGGAGAGGAGGCGGCAGUUCUCUCCAGUAAAUACCAGGUGCCUCUUCCAGGGUUGCUGCUGACCAGGCCGGAAAGUUCUAAGAGGACCACCCUCCGCCUCUCAAAAAGUAGCGCCCAGGAUGUGGCGGAACUCAUCCGACGUGCGUUACUGGAGCCAUUCCCGGAAAUCACGGUGGGGAAUCUGCCGGAGUACUUCCAGUUCCAGAAGCCCUUGCUCAUCCUCUUCAGCAGCGGCGCUUUGAGCCAGGCCGACGAAGGAGAGAUGCGGCUUUUGGCCAGAGAGGAGAACCUCCUGGCCUGCUGGCUGAACCUCGAGAAGACCCCUGUGGGCAGGGGGAUCCUGAAGGCCUAUUUCGGAAGUCCUCUACCUCCCCUGCCCCUCCUCGUUUGGGUCAACCCCCAUUCUGGUGGCCAGGUGUUUGCGUUUCCUCCCGGUCAGUCCAUCACCAAAGCCAGUGUCCUCACGUGGGUUGAGAAGCUGGAAUCCGGCCUGGAAGUCCCCAGCACGACUUUGUCAGAUGAAGACUGGAAGCCCCGACUUCCCGCCUACGACUUCCUGAGCCGGAUGGCGCCCUCCCUGCCCGAAUUUACCAUUUACAGUUGGCGGAGCAACCAGCGGGAAGAGGGGGCGGCCGUCCCUGGAGACGACAAGGUGGUAGAGGUGCGGGAGGACCCCGUUGAGGACUCCGCCAUGGCCGAGCCGGAAAAGGAGCUGCCGACAGGCAGGGACUUGCGGGGGACAGCCCCACGCCUGGCCGCGAGGGAAAAGCAGGCGAAGCGCCAUGUGGAGUUGUGAUGUGGCCCAUAAUCCCAGGGCAGCGGGUGGUUCCGGAAGCCAGGGGUGGUCGUACCUGACUAGAAGGAAGUUGGAAGCUAUUCCCUUCCGGGCUCCUCCAGUAGACCUGGCUGUGAGCCUGCUGUGAUGUGGGUCAAAAAGUGGGGACUCCAUUGUAGGGUUGCCAGUCUCCAGGUGGGACCUGGAGAUCUGGAAACACAGCCAGUGCUGUUAAGGAUAUAAAAAGAGCCCUGCUGGAUCAGUUGCAAGACGAGUGGGGGAGUCAAA